AUGCUGCUUUCAGAUGUACCAUCUAGUCGUAGCUCUCCGGAACUAAUCGCUAAUCCUGAACUGCGGGACAUCGAUCAGUUGUCGUUCGCAUCGCAGAAGUCGGCACCACCACCAACUGCCGAGGAGAUUCGACGAAGUGAAGAAUUGCGUCGAGCGAAAGCCGCCACUGCGCAUCGUCUUCAGCUCGAACGAGUGAAGACUGUAUAUCGUCGUGAUGCAACAGGAUUUAUUUGUGGACCUGUUCACUUCUAUGAGUUAUCGUUGAAAGACAAGGAAACAAUGGAAGAAGUGCAGAAGCCUUUACAUCUGGCUAGAACAGAACAUCUUGAUGCCAAAAUAUCUGAAUGGGGACGGGUGCUUGUGGUAGUUGGCAAAUUUUUAUCUGUAUAUAUAGUUACUACAAAUGGCGAUUCGCAACUAAAUAAGGAAUGA